GUCUUGGUGCGGGUCUUGGACUGUUACUUUUGCUUAUCCGUGCAUGGUUCGGAUACAAAUUCCUAAAGAAACGCCAUACCAUGAAACGCAGGGAGAUGUUCUUCAAGCGAAAUGGGAGGCCAAGGUACUGUUUACAAAGGCAUGAUGGAAGAAUUGUUGCUGUGAAAAAAUCUAAAAUAGUGGACGAAAGCCAACUUUCAGAUUUUAUCAAUGAGGUUGUGAUUCUUUCACAAAUUAACCACAGAAAUGUGGUUCAACUAUUGGGUUGUUGUUUGGAGACGGAGGUUCCCAUUUUGGUUUAUGAAUUUAUACCUAAUGGAAACCUUUCCCAGUAUAUCCAUGAGCAGAAUGACGAGUUUCCAAUUACAUGGGAAGUUCGCUUACGAAUUGCCAUGGAAAUUGCAGGAGCUCUUUCCUAUUUACAUGCUUCAGCUGCCUUUCCCAUUUAUCACAGAGACAUCAAGUCUACCAACAUACUCUUAGAUGCAAAAUACAGAGCAAAAGUUGCUGAUUUUGGAACUUCAAGAUCAGUUGCCAUCGAUCAAACUCACCUGACCACACUUGUACACGGCACAUUUGGUUACUUGGACCCCGAUGAUAGAAGACAUAAUGAUUCUCUGGAUGCCACUAGUUAA